AUGGGUGCAAAACAAGCAAAGCUUAAAGCAGAAACAGUUGACGAACUAAUACGGUCAACACCCUUCAACGAACAGGAGAUUCAGUUAUGGUAUCGAGGGUUUUUGAAGGACUGUCCCAGUGGGCAACUAACCGUGGAGGAUUUUCAGCGCUUGUACUGCGCACUCUUUAGCUCCUCAGCCUCCAACGGGGAUCGUCACGGUGAUCCAAGGCCAUUCGCGCGUCUUGUUUUCCGUGCCUUUGAUCAAAAUGGGGACGGAGUGGUUGAGUUUCGUGAUAUCAUUACUACUCUGAGUGUCACGAGAUAUCCUAGUGACGAAGAACAGCGGUUGCAAUGGGCAUUUCAGAUCUACGAUCUUGACGGAGAUGGCUAUAUCAGUCGUGGCGAAAUGUUGCAUGUUGUCAAGGCUAUCUACAAGAUGAUUGGACCUGCAGCCGUGGCGCGCGAGAUGCCGGCAGAAGAGGCGACGCCAGAACAACGGACGCGUCGGCUCUUUGCGGUGAUGGAUAGGGAUGGUGAUGAACGAAUCUCUUUUGCCGAUUUCGUUGAAGGUGUACACGCUGAUGCUGAGGUACUCGCACUACUGCAAGCACCAUCAGUGUCCGUUGUGGCGCCCUCCCCUUCCUCAACGCCUCCUGAAUUCCAGUCCGCGCUACCUUCAUCAAUGGAAGCUAACCAUAAUAGUCAAGGGUGA